AUGUUAAAGGAAAAAGACGCCUUGAAAUUCGGGUUGUGGACACCAAAGACCUUAGAUAUUGUCACGAUUGUUGGGGCUACCAACGCUCAUGCACGUGGACUUGGUACCGCCGGGGCCCAGUUGGAUAGUGGUCUAGGGUUGGAGUUAACAAGCAUGGAUGAAGGUGAAAACCUGCUUACCAAACGUUUCUUCUGUGCAGCACAAACUGGUGGAACGCCCGAACCCACAAUGCUCUCCUACGUGUUAUUUAACCUUCAACUUAUGGAGACUACGUCACCAGUGGUUGUGGGUGCCGUGGGUCAGUUACCAACUUUGACUCGAGCUGUAUUACUGCUGUUUCAUCCAGAAAACCGUUCGGCAGGGAUCAAGUACAGUAAGGCGCAUUUGGCCUUCCGCUGA